AUGAAAGUUCCUCGGCAGCUUAUACAGUCAACAAGUAGCUUGGAUGGAACUUCAAUAAAUUCAUCAAAUUGUGCCAGUUUCAGUUUGGAAUUGGCUAAGUGUCGCUGUGAGUCGUUAUGGACAAAUGAAUUACAUGGCUUGACACAGUUUGCUACCGUUGAUCGACUGCAGUUUCCAUCGUUAGUGAUAUGUCCAAAAAAUGCAGAUGCUAUACACAUUGAAGGUGUACUAGAUGAUUUAGCAAGGCACGUGCAUGGCCUGGACAGAAUUGUUGCCUUAGACGUUCUUCGUUUUGCUAUAGCUGGAUUCGGCUUUGCUAAUUUUGAAGAGGAUAUUCAAAAAUGGAAUGACGAAACAGUUGACAACCUGGGAAAUUAUUAUUACAUGUGGAGGGAUAACCGUACUGAGGAGGAAAUGUUUCAUUUGAUAUUUGAACAUUAUGGCUACACUUGCGAAGAGGUUUUUUAUCAAUGUUAUCAGAGUGGAGUGGUACUGAAUUGUUGUGAUUUCUUUUACUUUACUUAUGUGAUGCUUCGAGCUCGAUGUCUUCGCCUUGGGACUGUGUUUCAGAAUGACAAUGAGGAAGUGGCUAAAUUGAGUAUAUCUUUUCGAAAUAUCCCAAGUCCAUUAUGUUCUAAGACGUUUCACCAGCCACAGUUGUCAAUCUAUAUAAAUGACCAUCACGAAGAUGUUUGGCUGAAUCCUCGAUAUUAUAUAAACGCGUAUGAUUGGAACCGGAUGCGGUUUCGGAUUCGAAGAAAGCAACUGCUAGAGUCAAAUGUAAACUGCAGGGUCCCCGAAGCUCGAGAAGGGACGGGAACAUGUGCGAUUGAACGUUGGCUUGAUGAGACUGUAGUCAAAUCGUUGAAUUGUACUUUCUGUUACUUGCAGGAACACCAUCCAAAUGUUACACUGUGCGACCCUCGGACAGUUAUCUACAAUUACGACAAAGUGAUUCUCACUCCGUCAAGUGAAUUUCGAUGUCUUCCGGCUUGCUAUCGCAAUGAGGUCACAAUACAGUUAUACAGUUCGUUAUCUAUGUUCAGCAGUGAUGAUCCGCGAGUUUUUAUGCUUGAGUCGUCAUUUGGCGAAUUACAGUUUGAAGAAUAUAAGGAGGUGGUUCGAACGACUCUGCCAGGUUUUGUGUCACAGAUUGGAGGUCAAGGAGGCUUGUUUCUUGGCGCAUCUGUAGUCACUUUUGUGCAACUCUUUAUCAGUUUUGCGAAUUAUUUUUAUGAAAGAACUAGAAGAUUUUUAUUAAAACUGAAACAACAAUAA